AGCGCUAUAACUCUCCUUCCCUCACCCCCUUCCAUUACCUGGCCGUCGGCCAGGCGCCAACCAAAACAUGUACGAAUCGGCCGGCUGCAACAAAUGACGCCUGCACUCGCCAUGUUCUGUGAGCGGAGCGUUCCUCCAUCUCCUGCAUUGCCCCAACGAGGCAGCCGAUUCGACCAGGUUUAUUUUGGCAAAAACCAUUUUCCGCGGACGCCUGAAUUUUCUCAGUUGCCAGAGACUUGUGGAGCUGUCCACUACUCGGAACAAGUCUCAAUGUAAAUACCGAAAUUGGAGUAUCGUACGGAUUCCCGCAGCCAAUUUGUCAGUAAUCAACAAUUUGUCAAUCAACAACAAAAGUGAAAACACAAUUGCAAAUUGCCAAGUAAUUCCCCAUUGUUGCAGACGUUACGAAAUUGCAUUCGCGCUGAUUGCUGAACUGCAGCCGCGAGGAAUCUCGUGCAGAGCCAGCGAAACUUCCUAUAAAUAGACCCCUGCCCAAAGGGUACAACAAAUUUUGACGUGUAUUCUCAAAUAAGAAACAAAAAAUAUUGAGAAAAGAACAAGAAAUUUGCAUAAUUGGGCUUUUGCCAUUUUUGAGUGCAGUGCUCGGAAGAUUCUCUAAUUUGAUGAGCUGCUGACUGAAAAUUGAGGCAGAACAAAAAACGCAUAUACCAAGACACCACCGACACAAACCGGCGCCCGCCUGUAUAUAGUGCAUCGAUAUAGAGCCAGACAUAGAUCCGGAAUCAGAAACACAUACCACCCCCACACGCAGACAGUUUCCCGGAGACACGUAAAGUGACGUAAAGUUAACCCGAUGGAUAAUUGGAAUGUUUUGGCAGCGCAAACAUCAGCCCAAGCUAUUGGACGCGAUGAUACGGUGGUAAAAACGCGACUGACCAUCGAGAAACUGCCCGACAAGGUGCUGCUGCACAUCUUCUCGUAUCUGUCGCACCGCGAGAUCUGUCGCCUGGCUCGUAUCUGUCGUCGCUGGCGUCAGAUUGCCUAUGAUACGCGCCUCUGGAAGAAUGUGUCCCUCAGGCCGGAGGUGUCGGGUCUACAUGUGGGCUCCCUGGAGAUGCUUCUCCAGCUGAUUUCAGUGAGAUUCGGGCCGACGCUGCGGUACAUCGAACUGCCCAUCGAGCUGAUCACUCACACGGUGCUCCACGAGCUGUCCGGCAAGUGCCCCAAUCUGACGCACAUGCUGCUGGACUUCUCCACGGCCAUGCAGCUCCACGAUUUCAGCGAGAUGCAGACCUUCCCAACAAAGCUGCGCUAUAUGUGCAUCUGCCUCUCGGAGGUUAUCUUCAUGGAGGGCUUCAUGCGAAAGAUAUACAACUUCAUCAAUGGCCUGGAGGUGCUCCACCUGAUUGGCAGCUACGAGAAGUGCGAGGAGGACGAGGAGGAGAUCUACGAGGUCAUCAAUGUGCACAAGCUCAAGUCGGCGACGCCCAAUCUGCGUGUGAUCAACCUGUACGGAAUCAACUUCAUCGACGACUCCCACAUCGAUGCCUUCAGCUCCAACUGCAUCCAGCUGGAGUGCCUGGCCGUCAACUUUUGCAACAAGGUCACCGGAUCCACCCUCAAGACGCUCAUCCAGCGAUCCAAGCGUCUGACCUGCCUGCUCAUGAAUGGCACCAGCCUCAAGUCGGAGUUUGUGAUGCAGGCGGAGUGGGACAAGUGCGCCCUCCAGGAGCUGGAUAUCACGGCCACGGAUCUCUCGACUGAAUGCCUGGUGGACAUGCUGACGCGUAUACCCAGCCUGAAGUUCCUCUCCGCUGGACAGAUCAAUGGCUUCAACGACAGCGUGCUCAAGCUGUGGAUGGAGUCGGGAAAUACGAGACCUCUCAUUUCUCUGGACUUGGACUCCUCGGAUAACAUCACCGAUGAAGGCUUGCUGAAGUUCCUGCAGCGUCACGGACACCAGCUCAGUGCCUGCUGCCUCUCGGGCAUGCCACACAUCACGGAUCAGCUGUGGAUGAGCAUCCUGCCGCUGCUGGGCAACUGCAAAAUCGUUGUCAUGGGAACGGCGGAGAAGCUCGGCGUGAAUAUCCAUGUGGACCAGCUUAUGGAUACCAUUGCCUCCAACUGCGGCAACCUGGAGCGUCUCGAGCUGCGCUGGGAUCCUGACAAUCUCCGCUUCUCCGACAAGAGCCAAAAGGCCAUCGAUAUUCUGCGCGUCAAGUGCCUCAAGCUGCGCUGCAUGGUCCUCAGCGAUGGCCGCUACUAUGAGACGGUCAAGGCCAACUUUGAGCGCGCCGAUCGCAUCACUGUAGUGCGUACUACCACCUGCUGCCGGGUGUCUCCUUAUCAUCUGCUGCGCAACUACAAUGAUUUGAUCUUUAACUAAGGUCCAGUGAAGAGGAGCUGAUACAUACAGUGCGUUUAACAAGAGUUCUCUCUCGAACUGUUUGCUUCUUCAAUGUUAAUUCUUUUUUGUCCUGGUCCUCGCUACCACCAUCCAUCCAUUUUAUAGCUCUAAAACGUACUGUACUGCAGUUUGUGUUUAAAUGUUACCUACCGGAUCCUUUGGGAAUACAGAUGGUAGAUGGAGAUGGAGAGGAUCCCCAAAACAUGUCUCUAGUCAAAAGGCUUUACAAUCGUUUCUGUGUGUGUCUCUUACAUUAUAUCGUGUUUUGUUGUUUUCUGUAUUUUCCGCUUCUUUCGUUUGAUUAAAUUAAAUCUAAAUAAACGUACAUAGGUAAUUUAAAUAAAAACAAGAACAAAGGAUUGGCUUAUUCAACAUUCUUUUUACAUUACAAAAUUAUACAACGUAAGUUUUGCGUUUCCCUCAAACGUUCUCUGUGCUGAUUCUCGCUUCUUUCUUUCUCUCUUCGCUCUCUUCUCUCGCGCUUUUAACUAACUUUACUUGGUAACUUGAUUAAAUCAUUUUCAGACUUCCCCACAUACAUGUUAUUUGUUUACUGAUCUUUUUUUUUGUUUGUUGUUUUGUUUUCUUUUGUUUUUUACACUCUUUCAUCCGCUGCAGAACUUAGGUCUAACGUUUUUUUGUGUGU